CCGCCAUCUCCAGACCGGCGUGAGCCGUGGAGUAGCGCUCAGUCGAGAGCCGGAGCAGCAAAGGGAAAACGAGGGGAAAAAAAUCCGACGGACUCUGAACCAUUCAGCGUUUCGCCUUCAAGCUUCUUGCUACAUCGCGAGGAAGGGAGAUUUUCCCCCAACAGUUCUCCAUGAAGUUGAAUAGAUUUGCAUCGAUCCCAGUAUGCGGCGUGCUUACGUUAAUGGGUUUCGUUUACUACAUCACGAUCUUCAUCUUCAUCGAAGAUUGGGUUGGCUUGGCCACCUCAGCCGGGACUCUGAAUGCGCUCAUCUUCACUUUGAUGGCCUCUCUCUCCCUUUUCUCUUUCGUCGCCUCUGUGCUGACCGACCCUGGUUAUGUCCCGCCCUCUGCUGCGCCUGAUGUCGAAGCGGCUGCAGUUUUGGAUCCGAAAACCCACAAAGAUAGCUCGCAACUUAGGCAAUGUGAAAAGUGUUCUAGAUAUAAACCUCCAAGGGCUCAUCACUGCCGGGUCUGCAGAGUUUGUGUUUUGAGAAUGGAUCAUCAUUGUCUUUGGAUAAAUAAUUGUGUUGGUCAUUGGAACUAUAAGGCCUUUAUCGUUUUAAUCUUCUAUGCAACUGCAGCAAGCAUCUAUUCUACGGUUGUGAUUAUGAACAGUUCUUCACAUAAAGAUUGGGACUUCGCCGGAGUGCUUCCAUUCAAGAUUUUUUAUAUUAUUUCGGGGACAAUGAUGGCUGGUUUGAGCAUCACACUAAGUACUCUGCUGGGCUGGCAUAUCUACCUCAUUACUCGUAAUAUGACAACAAUAGAGUAUCAUGAAGGAACAAGAGCAGCUUGGUUGGCUAAGAAAUCCGGCCAGAUUUAUCGACACCCUUUCAACAUUAAUAUAUAUGCAAAUAUCUCCUCGGUACCUCUCUCUUUAUCUCUUGCACGCUGCAAGCCUCAUAUUGCACCGACUGUGUAUAUUUUGAUACUUCUGAGUGAAUGCAGCAUUCUUGCACCUGCUCCAUUGCGCCGUUUUGGGUCCGAACAUGCUAAAAUGGUUUUGUCCCACUGCAGUCAGCUACCUGAAAGAUGGAACGAGCUUUCCUACCUCACAUCAGAGUUAAUUCAGUUCACUGGAUCUGUCAGGUAGAAUCUGAAUAUUUUUUUUCCUAUUCUUUACUGGUCAUGGUUGGAGAAGAUGAGUUGAGAGACUGACCGGCGAUGGAAUAAUCUUGCUCUAUGUAAAUAUGGGAGAUCGAGUUUUGCAGCACACUUUAUAGUGAGGUGUUGAUUAUUUUUUUAUGUGCAAUUUUUAAUGCUGUACUGUACUGUUCUGCAAUUGAUCAAAAGAUGUAGAAGUUGUAUAGAGGUUAUAGUUCUUACAAGAGAUUCAUGUUGUGCAUAAACCACCAAGGUUUGCUUGCUUGACUUUAGCUAGGUUCUUAUUUCCUGCCAUCUUUCUAUCGUUCUUCAGAAAAUGGUAUGAACUCACCUGCAUUCCGUUUCCAUGUACCAUUUUGUGUUCAUGC